AUGGAAGCCUCUUUGCUUUCUUUGUCUCCUUUGAGUCUGGAUUCUGCUGGAAGUACCAGCUCAAGGCUGGCACUUUCUUUAGAAUUCUACACUCUUGGUUGUUGUAAAUCUUUUGGUUCUACUUUUGUAUUGGGUGGAUGCAUUGUCAUGAUCAUCUUCACUAUACUAGCUACAAAUACAAUGGGCUGGAGGGAUCAUAGAAAAGGAAGUUAUUAUCGGAUGCUGAUGAAUUUACAUUCUAAAGCAAUAGAAGUUAUUAUCGCACCUCUCGUCAGACCUCAGGCACAAGUACAACGUCCGGUCAAUCCCGGUCUGAAAAGACGAGGUCCAGGUGGUGCGUGGGACCUGCAAGGGCCGGGAGGGCAAAAUUGUUCAGGUUUACCGCAAAAAAUGGUCAUUCACAUUGAGCGGGUCACCCCUGAUAAGGAAAAUGGGUCGAUGGUGAAUGUUACUAAGGUGGUUGUUACUAAGCUUAAGCUUGAUAUAGGACCGGAAGGCUUUUGCUUGACCGGAAGGCCAAGGGAAGGAAAAGGCUGCUGA